CUGAAAGAUGUCAAUCCUGCAAUAUCAAAUAGAAGAUAGAAUGGACAUAAAAAAAAAAUAGUGAGGGUGAAAACUUGGUCGAGUCGACGUGGACUGUCCCAUUUACAUAUGUUAUUUACAUCAGGAAAUUGCGAAUAAAUUUUAAUCAAAUUUAUUAUGUGAUAAUAAUAUGGACUGGUGUACUCGUCUCCAUUCUAUGGUUUCCAAGUUCUGACGCGACAUACAGGGAUAGGGUGCGACGAAGUAGUGAUUACUUUUUUUUGUUCUUUAUAAAAAGUGUCGAUCGAAACUAUUGCAGUCCCCUUGGAUACGGCGCCAAAUAGCGACAGGUGUAACCAGCAGGGUGACGGAGUUCAUGCCUGCAAAGUUACCGUGAAAUAAAACCCUUACAUCGGACGUAAAAAUUUGCCAAGUAAAAAAUUGAGAGCUUAAUUCUAACGGCAUAGUUAUAUACUCUCGUAAUAAUUACUACUUGGUAUUACCAUCGAUAAACUAUAAAUCCCAUUUCUUGUAAUAGUGCAAUGUUAAAACACCUUCGAAUAGAAAGUAGUUCCAAUCCAAUACGAACAACAAUUAGGUAGCAAAACGGCGCGCGCAACGUUGUGCUGCGACUCACAACAAAAAUAUCCGUACUUCAAAGCGAGCGUCCAGAGAAGCAACACGCGGUGCCGAUUGUUCCGUUAUAAACUCGAAUAAAAGUAGAGGAGUAAAACGAAAAAGGGUCUGAGAAGCAUCAAAUCCUGUGCGACUACUUUAUUGUAAUAUUUAUAAAUAAAAAAUUCUAAACGAAGUUUUGUUUGUCAUAAAAUAAAUCCGUAAAAAUGGUGUCCGGUGGAAUGACGUGUGUCAAAUACCUGCUGUUUCUAUUCAAUCUUAUAUUUGCGAUAACCGGGAUCGUUUUCAUCACCGUUGGGGCGGUUAUUUUAGGGUUAUACAAGGGGUACAGUAACUUUGUGGACAACUGGUUCUUCGCUGCUCCUGUGCUUAUGAUCGUUGUCGGCAUCAUUGUUUUCCUUGUAUCAUUUUUCGGAUGUUGCGGUGCCGUCAAGGAGAACCACUGCAUGAUCAUAACGUUUUCCCUCCUACUGCUCUUGAUAUUUGCCCUGGAACUUGGUGCUGGAAUUUCUGGCUACAUGAUGCGAGACGAAGUUGGUACAAUGCUAGAAGGUCGUCUGGAUGUAACAUUGAAGCAGUACCUGAGCUCAAAAGAAGCCAAAGACUCAUGGGACAUAAUGCAGCACGAUUUGAAUUGCUGCGGUAUUUCCGGGCCACAAGAUUGGUCUACUGUAUUUAAAGGAAAUGAUCUACCCGAAACUUGCUGCAUCGAAUUCGACACCAACAAUAAAUGUGAUAUCAAUGCCGUUGGUAUGCGCAACGAAGGAUGUAUCAAAAAAUUACAAACUGCAAUCGAAGACAAUGCCGUGAUUCUGGGUGGUGUUGGCAUAGGAAUUGCUCUUGUUCAAUUAAUCGGAGUAAUCUUUGCUUGCUGCUUGGCUCGCUCCAUCCGUCGCGAGUAUGAAACAGUUGAAACAACGGCGCACUGAUCCGCCACUACUUAGGAGGCACAUUUCAUUAUAUUGUUCAUCAUGCAUUUGCUAGUUGAUUAUGUAUAGAUUCAUUAUACGAUUAUGGUUGUUGUGCUUACGAAAGUGUACUGAGGAGAAAUGGUGGGAUUUAAAAAAUAAUGGUGGCAAAAUAACAAUACCCAGAAAUCAUAAAACUGGCCAAUCAAUAAUGUAAAUCAGAUUAAAUAACUCCGUUUUUUCAAUUUCAUACCACAAUUCAUCGUUAUCUGUAUCCGUUGUGAGUGACCAUCGUUUCUCCUUAUUAUCCAUAUGCCUGAGUGAGAAAUGACGAGCAUUUGCCUUUGUGAAUCCCUCAACAAUUUGAUAUCGAAUUGUUGGCUGGAAUUAUUGUAGCAUCAAGCUUACUUUUUAUAGCUUGAAAACAUACAUAUGUAUAUGCAAUCUGACUCGCUUUGAUAAUCUUGUCAAUGCUGAAGUUAAUUGCUUGAGACAAAAACACUUUAUUACAAAUUCAAUAUCUUCAAAAUGAAAAACACAACAUCUACAGUUACGCUAUCUUACUAAACAAUCUUGUGUGAAUUAUUUUUUAUUCUACUACCAUUAAUAUUUUAAACUCGUUUGUACUGAAAUGUAAGAAUCUAUGGAAAUUAGAAAAAGCUCCAAAAAAGGAUACUCGAUAACAAUAUUUACAAAGAAUAUGAGUGUUAGAUUAAAUCUGGCACGCAUAGUCAAUAGGGGAUAAUCGGACCUCGCAUUUGUCCUAUAAAUGGGGGCAAGAAUAAUGCAUCGGCGUCAUCAUCUUUGUCAAUAAUUGAGUGCGUGUGUCAGUGAACCCCCAUAUUGAUUCUCUUUGUUACCUUCUGGUUGCCACUUGUGUCGAACUACUGGCAGAAAAUUAGUUAAUAUUUUUCUGCCAAUGUAUGUAUAAAUACAUACAUAAUAGUGUAGUUCAUUCAGUUUAAUACUACUAGCUUAUAACUGUUUCUUUCAUUGUACGUGCACAUAAUAAGACGCUUUGUUGACAAGUUAAUUUUAUUGCGAAAAAAAAUAUCACAAGUUUAAAAUAAUCAUAUGUUUCCUUACAUACCGUAACUAACUUUGGUGUAUUGAAAGUUGUAACACACAGAAUUACCUUUAUUAUAAUUUUGCACCAAAGUCACUUUGAGAAAUACACAAGAAACAAGUAAAAAUAGAAAAAAGAGAGGAAAAUGAGACCAAUAUAUAAUUUUGAUACUGUGUCAUUUGCAUUUUGCAACAUUGUAUAUUUGAGAAUUGACUGUAAAAAACAAGAGCCUUGAUCAACUACGAACUAUGAUAUCAAUACUUUAAGAUUUUUCUUAGUCCAUUCCAUUGCGAGGCAAAUACAUCGAUAUCAUAAUACUCAUUUCUCAAUAGGAGGUAUGAAUUUCCCAUUGAUCGCAAUACAUAUAAUUGCAAUAUACAUACAUCGAUUCAAGUGAAGAAUAAUUGGGCAUUAAAAGAAGAAAUUCGUGUAUGGCGCCUGAAAAUUCAGCUAUUGGAUUAUUAGAACCAUUACACGCUCACGGAGUUGUCCUGUCACCCGAAAGUAGUCGUCACAGUAUACGAAAUUAUAUAUUAUACAGAAGAAACGAACGAAAAAGAUUAUAAAUAUUGAUAGACAAUAUGUUCAUAGAAUAGAAUAGUUUUGGAAGUGCUUUAGUCAUUAUUUAAAUGUGAUACACAAUGUUGCUUGUCGGGUACAAUUGUUAUAGCACUUGCCCAAAGUUUGCUCCUUUAUAUCCAUCAAUUACGGUAUCAUCAAUUUGUUACUCAUUUUAAUCACCCUGCUGACCCUUUGCAUUGGGUAGAUGUUUAUGAUCAGGCCACAAAAAAGACUGACAAUUAUUAUGAUAAUCAGUAUUAACAAUUCAUGAUAUUUUGAAUACGAUAUACAAACAUAAAUUGAUACAAAAUUUAGACUUAUUACGAUACUGAAAAGUAUUUUUUGUUUUUAUCACUGAAAUUCAACCAUUUUUGGCAGCUAACUUCUUAGGAGCUAACCGUCUAUCCUUAGCACAUACUUGUCUAGAUAAUAUAAUACUAAUAAAUUAAUUCUAAUUAA